UCUCCUGCACGCGAAAUUCUUUGCUCGCUUUUGUCCCGGAAGAACAAGAUUUCUCAUCGUGUCAGUUGUCGUCACCCUUCGUGCCAAAACAACUUCUUUCUAGACCAGCCCAGGCUGUAAAAUGGCUGGAACAGCUUUAAAAAGACUCAUGGCUGAAUACAAACAACUAACCCUCAACCCUCCAGAGGGGAUUGUAGCAGGGCCUUUAAAUGAAGAAAAUUUCUUUGAAUGGGAGGCUCUGAUUAUGGGACCGGAGGACACAUGUUUUGAGGGCGGUGUGUUCCCUGCCAUCCUCAGUUUCCCUUCAGACUACCCUCUCAGCCCUCCCAAGAUGAAGUUCACCUGUGACAUGUUUCAUCCGAACAUCUACCCAGAUGGCCGUGUGUGUAUCUCAAUCCUGCACGCUCCUGGUGACGACCCCAUGGGCUAUGAGAGCAGUGCUGAGAGAUGGAGUCCCGUGCAGAGCGUGGAGAAGAUCCUGCUGUCUGUGGUCAGCAUGCUCGCUGAGCCCAACGAUGAGAGCGGAGCAAACGUGGACGCCUCAAAGAUGUGGCGUGAGGACAGAGAGCAGUUCAACCGACUAGCUAAGCAGAUCGUGCGCAAAUCUCUGGGCCUCUGACACACUCUCACACUCCAGGACAGUGAGGAUUGACAUUUACAAGAAUCAAACUCCCCACAGAAGAGAAGAGUGUCUGUGCUGAGUGUUGUAGUGUACUACCCCCUACCUCCACCAGUGUGAGCACUUUAUUCCCAUCCAGGCUUUCAUUCUCUCUUCCCAGUCCUCCCCUCUCCUGUGAUUGGGUGGAUGCGUUGGACAAAUGGCUUUUGAUGAAGAAGGCAAAGCGACAUACAUUCACCGGACAGUGUUCUAAAAGAGAGCCAAGCAUCAUUCACUGAAUAAGUACACAAACCAGUUAUUCACAGCCAUUUUGGGCUGCCGGUUUGUCUGUCAUGCCUGUUACCUGUCCAUAGUUAAGCAAUGGAAUGCAGCUUCGGUUUGCUGACAGUAUGCUGAUGCAUACUUUAAUGCCUCAUUCUAAUAAAAUGCAUCAUGAGGCAGUGACUGAGACUAUCACAUCCACUUACAGAUUCUAUUAAUGAUCUUUUAGAAAUAAGGAAAAAGAUCAUGUCUAUGGAUGCAAAUUUAAUAAAUGUUCUAAUUAAAUACAUUUGAUUACAUUUAAUAUGAAAAUGUUUUGAAAUUUGGUAAUGCACAGAUAGGUCAGUGGUUUUCACUGUGGCUUUUUACUUUUAUGGAGGUUUUUAGAUUCAGUAGUAACAAGCUGGAAUCAUCCAGCCUUCGGCAGAAAGACAGACCAAAAUAAUUGUUGGAUUUACACCGUCAUUACUUUCAUUAAAAAAAUCGUUCAAUUCUGUAUUUGACUUUUUGCUUUUCAUCUGUUCUCAAGGAUUGUAAAGCCAAUAAAAUCAAUAAAUGUUUGUGA